CGGUCUUUUUGACAUGUAAAUAAAGCUAUCGCGUUGAAGUUCCCUCUUAACUUUAGUAUAAAACGUUUUUUUAAUAUUGCUAUUAUGAUGAAAAAAGCGCCAAGAAGUACUUUGAACGCUAUGAUUAAACCAAAACUGAAGCGUAAUCUUAAACUGAAGAUCGCGACGGACGCAAUGGUUGAACUGGCAGUGCGGAUGUUCUUAAAUAGUGUUGCAGAGGAAGCAAGAAUGAGAGCGUUUGAGGACAAAUCUGCAACCAUCAGAGCACACCACGUGGUUAAAGUCGCUGAGAGAAUGCUGAGAAAAGCAAGAGGCUGACACCAGAAUAAGGAUCAUGGAAGAACAGCAUCCCCAUGGUCACUAUGUGACAACUACAUCAAUAGCAUUAAUGUUACGUAACAUAAUUUCUCUUUCUGAAUUGUUGCUUUAACUGUUUGUGUAUUUUACAUUGUACAUAUUUUGCCAGCACCUUCCUUCUUGUAUAGUACAUCAUCCUUUAUUAAAUUUUGUUUU